CGCCUUCCCCUCCCUCCUCCUCUCUCUCUCUCUCCCCUCCUGUAUCGAAACCGUCUCCCACAAUUUGGGUUUCUUGGGUUAUUAUCUCUUGUUUAUACUCUCUCUUUCUCCAAGAGAAGUUCUAUUCAUCUCAGAAAUGGCAGGAAGCGGUGUGGUUACAUUGUACGGCAACGGAGCCAUCACAGAGGCCAAAAAAUCCCCCUUCUCCGUCAAGGUGGGCCUUGCCCAGAUGCUCCGUGGCGGUGUAAUCAUGGACGUUGUUAACGCCGAACAAGCCCGCAUCGCCGAAGAGGCUGGUGCCUGCGCAGUCAUGGCCCUGGAGCGCGUUCCGGCAGAUAUCCGCGCACAGGGCGGCGUCGCUCGGAUGAGCGACCCAGGCCUCAUUAAGGAGAUAAAGCAAGCUGUCACAAUACCCGUUAUGGCCAAGGCUCGUAUCGGCCAUUUCGUUGAAGCCCAGAUCCUCGAAGCCAUCGGCAUCGAUUACGUCGACGAGAGCGAGGUGCUCACUGUCGCAGACGAAGAUAAUCACAUCAACAAGCAUAACUUCAGGGUCCCUUUUGUCUGCGGUUGCCGCAACCUCGGCGAAGCCCUGCGUAGGAUUCGCGAAGGGGCAGCCAUGAUUCGCACCAAAGGAGAGGCUGGGACUGGUAACAUUGUCGAGGCCGUGAGGCAUGUAAGGUCGGUGAUGGGCGAUAUUAGGAUCCUGCGUAACAUGGAUGACGACGAGGUCUUCUCCUUCGCCAAGAAGAUUUCUGCUCCGUAUGAUCUCGUGAUGCAGACUAAACAGCUGGGUAGGCUCCCUGUGGUUCAGUUCGCUGCAGGGGGGGUUGCUACGCCAGCCGACGCGGCUCUGAUGAUGCAAAUGGGUUGCGAUGGUGUAUUUGUUGGGUCUGGUGUGUUCAAGAGUGGUGACCCUGCUCGCCGUGCUCGGGCAAUUGUUCAGGCUGUGACCCAUUACAGUGACCCUGAUAUUCUUUCUGAGGUGAGCUGCGGAUUGGGUGAGGCCAUGGUAGGAUUGAAUCUCAAGGAUGAGAAGGUGGAGAGGUACGCGGCACGGUCGGAGUAGGCGUUGGAGUGAUAUUGUGCUUGGGGUUGAGCAAUGGACGUGGUGUUCGUCGAUUAAUCUCUCUUUUCCUUUAUCUCUUGUCCUGGAAGCUUUGGGAAUUCUUGGUUUGAAUUUGAAUAUACUUUGUUCUUCCCUAUUUAGAUAUAUUAGUGAAGUUACAAGAUUCAUUUCUUCUCUGUUACUGAAGAAUCUCUAUCGAUAAGAAGUUAAUUUCA